UGGAGUGGCUCCUCCCCCCCCCCGCAAGUGGGCUGUUCCAUGACGGAGGAAUGGGAAAACGGAGAGCGCCGCUCUAACGAGAACGAUGGCGAGGUGUCGUUUCCGGAAGUGCAUUGCCGCUCAGCUUUCACAUGUUUUGAAGAUCCCCCCAGAAAACCUGAUAAAAUCAAUCUCUGCUGUUCCAGUAUCAAAAAAUAGGCAAACUUCUGAUUUCCAGUUUUCUAUGAGUCCUGUAUUAGAUGCAAUUUCUACGAAUUACACAACUUCAGAUAUUAAUCUUCAGGCAGAAGAGCUGGCAAACAAGCUAAGAUGUGAUGCAGUCGUAAGCCAAAUCAGCCCAGGUAAAGGAACGGUAGAUUUCACAAUAAAUCGAGACUUAUUAGCAAAGACAGUGCUGCAGCAAGUAUUUGAAGACGGCUCUGAAUAUGGAAUAAAGAGUGAACUUUUUUCAGACUUGCCAAAAAGAAAAGUUCUGAUUGAUUUUAGUUCACCCAACAUUGCAAAGAAAUUCCAUGUUGGUCACCUGCGUUCUACAUUAAUAGGGAAUUUCAUAGCAAAUAUCAACGAAGCGAUUGGGCAUCAAGUAACAAGAAUCAAUUAUCUUGGAGACUGGGGCAUGCAGUUUGGGCUGUUGGGAGCUGGCUUCCAGUGGUUUGGAUCUGAAGAAAAACUAAAAUCUAAUCCUUUGCAGCAUCUUUUUGAGGUUUAUGUACAGGUCAACAAAGCUUCAGAAGAGGAUGAAAGCAUAAAAACUCUGGCACAAGAUUUCUUUAGAAAAUUGGAAGCGCAGGAAGAAGCCGCUGUGUCACUGUGGCAGCAUUUUAGAGAUGUUAGCAUUGAAGAAUAUGCUCGGGUAUAUAAGCGUCUGGGAAUCUACUUUGAUGAAUAUUCUGGAGAAUCCUUUUAUCAAGAGAAAAGCAAAGACGUUCUAAAGAGACUGGAUGCAAAAGGACUUCUUAUGAAAAUAGAAGGAGUAGGAAAAGUUCAACUUUCUGAAACUGGAGACCAGGUUGCUGUGAUGCGAAGUGAUGGAACUUCGCUUUACUUAACAAGAGAUCUUGCUGCUGCUAUAGACCGAAUGGAAAAAUAUAAGCCUGAUGUUAUGUUAUAUGUUGUAGAUAAAAGUCAGAGCUCUCAUUUUCAACAGAUGUUCCAGAUUCUGAAAUUACUUGGUUUCAGUUGGGCAGAAAGGUGCCAACAUGUGCCCUUUGGGAGAAUUCAAGGCAUGAAAACUCGACAAGGAGAAGUGAUUUUCUUGGAAGAUGUUUUAAAUGAAACUUGUUCCCUAGUAUUAGAGAGACGUGCCUCAACAAAAACCACAAAAGAAUGUGACAAUCCUCCUGAGACCGCAGAACGGAUUGGGCUCGCAGCACUUAUCAUUCAGGACUUCAAAGUUCUCUUAUCGUCUGAUUAUCGGUUUAACUGGGAUCACGUUCUUCAGAGCAAAGGCGAUACUGGUGUCUUCUUGCAAUAUACACAUGCCAGGCUGCGCAGUUUAGAAGAAUUAUGUGGUUCUGUCAAUCAAGGCACUCCCAUGAACCCUGCUUGUUUACAAGAUCCACUAGCAAUAUCCUUACUUCAACAUCUUCUCGGUCAUUUAGUAUCUGCAGCUCAUAGAAAUCUCCCUGUGAAGGGCAGCCCUCUGGAACUCGCUCAGGCAAGGCUCUGCCUUUUCCACGCUGCUCGGUCUGUUCUAGCCAAUGGAAUGAAGCUUCUAGGAAUCACACCUGUAGAUAAAAUGUAAUGGGGCAAUUUCCUUGAUGCUUUUCCUGUGUAUCGCUUAUGAAGAUUAUCUGAUCUCUGACUUGGACUUUGUGGUCUUUCCAAAGUAAUGGAAAUGUUCGGAAGCCCCCAUGACAUGAAUUUCUCUUUUCUAUAAUAAAGCCAGUUCCAGGUUU